AGAUCGCUACAAGUCAAUGUGUCUCUGAUCAAUGCUUUAUCUGUCCUCUGUGAAGGCAUUCAGCGGAUGGGAAGUCACUGCCGUGUCCGCAUUCACGGCAAAUUUGCUCCAUAGCGUUCCUUUAAGGGUUUUAUUGAACACUAACGAGACAAGUACCUUGGUAUUGUUACGAAACGUCUGCUUCUCUCUACCCGAGUAGGUAUGAAUCGACUUCUAUUCAAGGUAUGCCGGGACGUAGACCUGAGUUUGACUUGUGAAGAGUGUGCUUCGAUCUAUGACGUCACGGGAGCGCGCGAGCCGCGCAGUGGUGGCGUACACCGGAAACCACCUAAUAGCGUUGGGACAAUACAGAGAGGGCUAGGCCUUCACGAAGGAACUAGAAAAAAACGGACUGGGAUUGGAUUUAAUACACAGACCAAUAUCAUUGGAUAGCAUUUUAAUUAUUAAUGAAGUCAGAAAUAAAUCUUUGAGUAAAGGAACGUCGCUCUCCGCCCACGACGAGCGUUAUAACUAAGUUUCGACAAGGGAUCAGCAUUAUCAGAAGGUAGCUGUCCUGGUACACAAGUGGAAUAAAUCUUGGAAUACCUUCUUAAGACAAUUCGUGGUCAUGUCGUCUGAUACGGACACUGUGAAACGACGUCUUGCGUUCCAGAAAAGUUACAGCCAAGAGCACGGUGGAGGCUGGCGACACAGGAGUCUCAUUGACGAUGCCAAAUUUGAGACGGUAACGAACCAGGAGUUUGAGAGGAGGGAGCGAUUCCUCAGCCGAGGGGAUUCAAUCAGUGAGGAGGAAGUCUUUGUCCAGAAUGGUGGUGCAGCUUCCCCUCCCGCCGUUGGUCAUAAGCUUCAUGGGGUCAUUGUGACGGUCAAGGAGGGAGUGGGCAACCUAACCAGAGUGCUGAGAGUCAUUGAGACCGCCAAGAUUGCCAUCCAACAUAUCGAAUCCAGGAAGGCCCGGAAGAAAGGUGCCCAGUUUGAGAUAUUCCUCCAGUGCGCAUGCUCCCUAGAGGGCGUGACAAGCGCGUGCGACUUGAUGAAGCAGAGUCCAUUUGUACUGGACAUAGAAAUCUUGGGUGAGGCUGAGACUGAGAGUAAAGAGCUGUGGUUCCCGAGGCACAUAUCAGAGCUUGACCAAUGCACGCACAUUGUCACCAAGUUUGAACCGGAACUUGAUCACCAUCAUCCGGGCUACACAGACAUCGAGUACAGAAAGAGGCGGAAGGAGAUCGCUGACAUAGCCUUCACUUAUCGACACUCACAAGCGAUACCCAGGGUCACAUACUCGGAAGACGAAGUUGCUACAUGGGCUCACGUGUACCGGACGCUGAAGGAGCUGUAUCCCACGCAUGCGUGCAAGCAGCACAACGCCAUCUUUAAAGUGCUGGAAGAGGAAUGUGGUUACGGACCUGAGAUAAUACCCCAACUUGAGGAUGUUUCCAACUUCCUGAAACGUAAAACUGGUUUCCAGCUGCGCCCUGUCGCCGGUCUGUUAUCUGCACGUGACUUCCUUGCGUCCUUGGCCUUCAGAGUGUUCCAGUGCACGCAGUACAUCCGACAUCCCUCCAAACCAGAACAGUCCCCAGAACCCGACUGUAUUCACGAGCUCCUGGGUCACGCCCCACUGUUAGCGGAUCCUGUGUUCGCCCAGUUCUCUCAGGAACUUGGACUAUUGUCUCUUGGUGCGGCUGAUGAGGACAUUGAAAAGUUUGCAACAGUAUACUGGUUCACUGUGGAGUUCGGGCUGUGCAAGCAGCAGGGUCAGAUCCGGGCAUGUGGUGCUGCGGUGUUGUCGGCGUAUGGGGAACUGAAGCACGCCCUCAGUGACGUGCCGGAACAUCGUCCCUUCGACCCCUUCAAGACGUCCAUGCUGAAGUAUGACGACGAGGACCUGCAGCCUCUGUACGUCGUGGUGGAGUCGUUCGAAGACAUGAUGGACAAAAUGAGGAACUUUGCAUCUCAGAUCAAACGUCCAUACGAAGUGCAGUAUGACCCCUACACCCAGUCAGUCCAGCUGCUCAACACUAAGGGAGUGUUGCACUCCGUGGCCAGGAACCUGAAGGGGCAGCUGGAGAACUUGCAACACGCCAUUGACAAAAUACAGGCAUUCAGUCUCGACUCUUAGAUCUGAGGCCCUGUAGGGGUGUGUUGUUAAAACAACGUCAUACCAGUCAUGUUCAUGUAGCUUGUGUGGGAGUUAUAACAUUUAUACCAUGAAAAGGUUAUAUAUAACAGGAAUAUGUUGAGUUGAUUGUAGUCCAUAUAGUAGACAGAAGUAGCGACAAGAUACCUUUCCGCAGAUAUAUCUGACUUCACUCAAGUAUCGCUCCGCCAUUUUGUCUGCGUGUUAAUAUAUAUAGUAUAACCCUCAUAGUGUGGACAUCGUGGUAUCCGAACGAUCUUCAUUAGAAUAUUUAAAUAAACAGUGGUAUAUUAUCAGUGUAUGAAAGUAGUUUGAAAAAUCGCCAGCCCGAAUGUGAUAAUUUGUCAAUUUAAAUGGCAUAAUUAAACAAAAAACUUUCAAAAGUUGCCGGCCCAGACCAAAAGUUACCAGGUUACGGGCUGUCGGACAGGUCUUGUUUCAUACACUGGUAUUGUAUCAUACCUAGAGCGUUAAUCAUUAAAUGUGGUCAUUCGUCUGGAGUGAUACUGUCCGGAUUAGAAGGAUUUAAGCACAGGCAAACUGUAGCGCAAAUAGGGUUGCGCAACAGAGAGAAAAAUUACCAGUCUUACUGUA